AUGGCUGCAGUUGAUCGCCGCUAUCAUCAUCGACAUGCACAUUGCGGGACUGUGAUGGUGGACCGCGCAUGGACGUACCUCACGUCCUCGACGCCGACGACGGGUUUGCCGUGCUGCCAGUCCCACCGCCCAGAUCACCGCAGCCCACACCACGAUGACGAUCAGCAGGGCGACCAUACGUCCACCGUGGCGACGAGCAAGACCAGUCGCAGUGCAUUGGGACGCGCGCGCGAUCGUCUCAACGCGUGGAUUGACUCGCAAUCCGCGCCCGACAACGCGCAGGCUCAGCCAGGCCAGUCGGAUGCAGCUGAAUCAGCGCGCCGUCGUGCUGCCGAGAUUGCUGAUAACAGUGGUCGGCCGUCCGGUCGGAAGCGGCGGCGCAAAGUCGAUCCGUGGCUGGGCGACGUACACGUAGAUUCGGAUUUGGAAACAGUCCCAACAUCCCAGUUCCAGUCAUCGGCGCAGUCGGAUUACUCUGAUACACUUCCGCUGAGCUAUGACAAUGCCGAGCAUUCAAUGCUGGAUCAAGAUGAAGAACAAGAUGAUCAGGAUGGUCGUGAUGAUUACGACGACAGAAUGCGCUCAAGUCACAGCCAUGCUCAGGACAAGGAGCAUCAUCAUCAUCACCAGAAAGUGCCAAUCCACGUUUGGGUCAUUCUGUGCCUCGCGCUGGUCGCGGUCUCGUCCGCUGGCACUGCUUUCAAGCAUAUUGACGAUGUAACGCCGUUUUUGCGCGCGUCGUGGCGCUUGUUUGUCACGUCGCUCGUUCUCCUGCCGCCCGCCGUCUUCCAGUUUGCGCGCGCCGACGCUUCACUGCGUGCACAGUGCCUCAAACCAAGCGCCUUGCUUGCGAUUCUGUUUGGCGGCAUUUGCCUCGCCUGUCAUUUCGGCUCGUGGGUUUGGAGCCUUGACAACACGACGUUGGCGCACUCGUUGCUCCUCGUGUGCAUGCACCCCGUUAUUUUUGUCAUGGGCAUGCUACUGCUUGGCCGACCCGUGGCGCGAGGCGAGCUUCUUGGCACCGGCAUUGCGCUCGCAGGGACCGUCCUUCUGCUGCAAGACGUGCGCUCUGACGGCGAGGUGACCAUCCCCGGUGAUUUGGUGGCGUUCCUGGGAGCCGUCUUUUUCGUGGGCUACCUGUCAUGUGGGAAAACGCUGCGACGAUUCAUGCCCGUAUUCAUCUACGCCUUCUCGGUGACAUUUGUGUCGUCCGUCGUGCUCGGCUUCAUUGCCAUUCCGGCCGAAGACGUGUCGCUCUUUUCGGCUUCGCCUUCCGGCUCCUUUGGCUGGGCGGGGCUGGACUACUUGCCUGUAAUCAUCUAUCUGUCGUUUGGUCCAGGCCUCGUCGGUCACACGGGCAUCAACUACAUUGUCAAGUUUCUUCCGCCGCUUGUCGUCUCCAUUUCGUUCCUCACCGAGCCGCUCAUCGGCACAGUGAUUGGCAUUGCCUUCGGCGAAUCGAACGUCCCAGGCGCAUGGACUUGGUGUGGCGGGCUUGUCCUGAUGGUUGGCGUGGUGAUGAACGUGACCACUGGGCAUGCUCACAGCGUCCGGCAAGCCCAGCGACCCAAAUCUCUCCCAAGCGGAAUAUCCAGCCAUGCAAUAUCCAUCGCUGUGAGUGAUGGUCUCGAGUUCCAGCCUCUUCAUGAAGAAGAUGUUGAGCACGAUGGCGAGUUUGAGCAUUCGGACGCCGUCCCACCAGCAGAACAAGUCUCAGCGACUAAACCAAACCCUUGGUAG